AUGCCGCAUCAGUCUCUGACGCCGCAUCAGUCUCUGACGCCGCAUCAGUCUCUGACGCCGCAUCAGUCUCUGACGCCGCAUCAGUCACUGACGCCGCAUCAGUCACUGACGCCGCAUCAGUCUCUGACGCCGCAUCAGUCUCUGACGCCGCAUCAGUCUCUGACGCCGCAUCAGUCUCUGACGCCGCAUCAGUCUCUGACGCCGCAUCAGUCUCUGACGCCGCAUCAGUCUCUGACGCCGCAUCAGUCUCUGACGCCGCAUCAGUCUCUGACGCCGCAUCAGUCUCUGACGCCGCCUCAGUCUCUGACGCCGCAUCAUCUCUCUGACGCCGCAUCAGUCUCUGACGUCGCAUCAGUCUCUCUGACGCCGCAUCAGUCUCUGACGCCGCAUCAGUCUCUGACGCCGCAUCAGUCUCUGACGCCGCAUCAGUCACUGACGCCGCAUCAGUCACUGACGCCGCAUCAGUCACUGACGCCGCAUCAUCUCUCUGACGCCGCAUCAGUCUCUGACGCCGCAUCAGUCUCUGACGCCGCAUCAGUCUCUCUGACGUCGCAUCAGCCUCUGACGUCGCAUCAGUCUCUGACGUCGCAUCAGUCUCUGACGCCGCAUCAGUCUCUGACGCCGCAUCAGUCUCUGACGCCGCAUCAUCUCUCUGACGCCGCAUCAGUCUCUCUGACGCCGCAUCAGUCUCUGACGCCGCAUCAGUCUCUGACGCCGCAUCAGUCUCUGACGCCGCAUCAGUCUCUGACGCCGCAUCAGUCUCUGACGCCGCAUCAUCUCUUUGACGCCGCAUCAGUCUCUGACGCCGCAUCAGUCUCUGACGUCGCAUCAGUCUCUGACGUCGCAUCAGUCUCUGACGCCGCAUCAGUCUCUCUGACGCCGCAUCAGUCUCUGACGCCGCAUCAGUCUCUGACGCCGCAUCAGUCACUGACGCCGCAUCAGUCACUGACGCCGCAUCAGUCUCUGACGCCGCAUCAGUCUCUGACGCCGCAUCAUCUCUUUGACGCCGCAUCAGUCUCUGACGCCGCAUCAGUCUCUGACGCCGCUGAGGCCGCAUCAGUCUCUGACGCCGCAUCAGUCUCUCUGACGCCGCUGAGGCCGCAUCAGUCUCUGACGCCGCAUCAGUCUCUGACGCCGCAUCAGUCUCCUACGCCGCAUCAGUCUCUGACGUCACAUCAGUCUCUGACGCCGCAUCAGUCUCUGACGUCGCAUCAGUCUCUGACGCCGCAUCAGUCUCUGACGCCGCAUCAGUCUCUGACGCCGCUGAGGCCGCAUCAGUCUCUGACGCCGCAUCAGUCUCUGACGCCGCAUCAGUCUCUGACGCCGCAUCAUCUCUCUGACGCCGCAUCAGUCUCUGACGCCGCAUCAGUCUCUGACGCCGCAUCAGUCUCUCUGACGCUGCAUCAGUCUCUGACGUCGCAUCAGUCUCUGACGCCGCAUCAGUCUCUGACGCCGCAUCAGUCUCUGACGCCGCAUCAGUCACUGACGCCGCAUCAGUCUCUGACGUCGCAUCAGUCUCUGACGCCGCAUCAGUCUCUGACGCCGCAUCAGUCUCUCUGA